AUGUGUGUGAUCUUUGUGUGUCUCAGAUACUUGCUAAAGCAUGGUGCGGCCCUCAGCUCAGUGAACUGUGAUGGUGACGUACCGUUAGACAUUGCUGAAGACGAAGCCAUGGAGGCGCUACUGCAGGCGCACACUCGGAAACAGGGUGUGGACCUGGAGACAGCUAAGCGGUUGGAGGAGGAGUUGAUAAUGCGUGAUGCCCGCAGUUGGCUUACUGACGGACUACCCGCUGACCUGUGCCACCCCAGGACCGGAGCCACACCGCUGCACGUCGCUGCUGCCAAGGGCUACCUGGAGGCCAUCAAGUAA